CACACUUCUUUUCACUCACGCGUCCACGAUGGCCCCUCGUGUUUCAACUCGCAGCCAAAGAGCAUCAAAGGGGUUUUCAAGAUCUCAACCUCAACCAAGUCAAAGUCAAAGGAACGCGGUAGCUCGACGUAGAAUAGAAUCCGAUGAGGAAGAGGACGAACCUCAGACUCAGGACGAUGGAUAUAACGGCAUGAUUGACGUCGACGACGAUGAAGGCCCAGGAGAUGAAAUAUCGAGAAAGGCAAAUCAGCUAGUUAGGUUGGCUUUGUUCACGGAACACAGGAAGGUUCCGUUACGCCGAGAUGACAUCACGAAAAAAGUCCUCGGCACGAGUUCACGUAUUUUUAAUCGCGUUUUCGAUAGCGCAAAUGGGAUACUCAAAAAGACCUUCGGGCUGGAACUCGCAGAACUCCCCUCAAAAGCUUCACUGGAUGAGGAGGCUGGACCGAACUUAGAAGACGAGGAUUUGGAGGAAGCAAAGAAAGCUGUCGGUAGAAAGAAGAAGGCCGUCGUUACUGGUUCAAAAACCUAUAUUCUCAGAUCGAUACUCCACCCGGGCCUUAUUGAGUAUGCCGCGCUCAUGCACGAUAAAAUACUCGAGGAAGAAAUCGCCGAUCUGCCCGAUGAUUCCGAUGAUGACAGUCACGGAAUUCAAACUUAUGGGACCAUCCUAUCUUACAGCACUUCCGACCAACUGGAGUCCGUCGGUGUGACUUAUGUGAUUCUUUCUCUUAUACUGAUCUGUGGUAGAGUGAUAAGUGAUGGUGACCUUCGAAAACAACUCAAACGGCUCCACCUCGCCAACAAUAGCGAAAUAAGACUCACUUCCCUCUCAGUCCAACGAACAAUUCCUCUCGACCGGUUCCUCGAUAGUCUUAUCAAACAAGGUUAUAUCGACCAGCGUGCAAUUGGAGAGAAGAAAAAAGGGCCAGGGAAACGUGCACGGGCUACGCAAGGCAAUGACGAGUCUGGGAUUCAAUACGAAUGGCGUUGGGGACCUCGAGCCCAUUCAGAAGUGGGUGAAAAGGCUAUUGCACAAUUCGUAGCCGAAUUUAUGGUGUCGGAGGAGCAACAAGAAGACGAGGAUGCAGAAGAGGGUCAAGGGAGCAGUAGGGGAGGCACACAAAGGAGGCGAGAGAAUGCUAUGAGUAAACUGGAGAAGAUGAUGCAAGGGAUAGAAAAGGUAGUGGGAGGCAACCUCUUGAACCUCAAAUAAUGAAUCGUACGACUCUUGUGCUAAGGCCAUAUUUUUAUUCGCGACAAUUUUUUGAUUUUAGUUCUGUGGUUUUACUUACAUCCCGUCCUUGCUAUCUAGCCUGUCGAUGUCACGGCUUCAAGCUUGUACACCCUAGGCUCGUUUAUGACAUGCGGUCCUUCCUCUCUAGGUAUUCCACCCGAACGACCCCGACGACCAUUCAUUAUCUCGAUAACUUUUCCUUAACCCUUAUCGGUCUAUUGGCUUGGGCCGUGAAUGACGGUGGACCGAUACGGAAGUGGAAGCAACCCGGACAGUCAAUCAAUGAUAAAGUCGGGUGUUUUGGAUUACUUCAGUCUUAUUAGGUGCUUGCAGUGGAACGCUGGGUCAGAGCGAUUGUACACGAUGUGCGAAUCGACCAUGUAACUCCGUGCUGGACAGUCGUUCUGAAGCUUUUAACCGCUAGUGGUACCUACGUAUACACUUCCUCGAAUGUUUGUCACGCGAGUAAAAUUCAUCUCGAUUUCCAACAGAGC